AUGGGGCUGCUCAGACCUGAAGAAAUGGGAUACUAUGCUCUAAUCACCCAUUCUGACGUGGCAUGAAAACUCUUAACUGAGCUUGGGAAAUUAUCUGCUCUUCAAUUCAUAGACUUGAACAAUAAGCGUAGUAUAGUUAAUAGAACUUUUUCAGCUUAUAUAAGAAGAUCUGAAGAAGCAUUAAGGAGAAUUUCCUUUAUUAUUCAAGAAAUUCAUCGUUUCAAAAUUCCGCUUUUAGACCCUGCAAUACCCGAAAUGCUGCUAGAAGACAUAGAUUUGGAACUGGAAAUCUUUAAAAUGCCGGAACAAGCGUUUUUUGAAAGGGUUGAAGAAGAACUCGCUUUAAUUGAAAAUCAAAUCUUAACUCAGCUUCGAAGCUAUGAGCAGCUUUUAAGGAUGGCUAAUUCUUUAAUUGAAAAGAAAACUGUGCUGGAAAAAGCAAAAGAAAUUUUUGGAUUCCAAGGGGUUGAAGAAAAUUUAUCUUUGUUUGCAAAGUUUGCUGGGGUAAUAAAUAAAAAUGAAUCAGAAAUGUUAACUAAUCCCCUCUGUAGGAACAAAACCAUUGGAAAAGUCCCUAUUUUUUGUCCAAAAACCACUCCGUGAGUAAGUAAAAAAAAAUUGUUUUAAUAUAAAUAUUUUUUAUUAAAAAAAAUUUGAUAUAUAAGUGAUAUUUAUUUAUCAUGAAAUCUCUUUGGCUAAUUCUUUUAAUUUUCAACAGCUUGCAUUUUAAAAUAUAAAUUUCACAGAAAAUUAAGAAUUUUUUAAAUUCAAAAAAAAUUUACUAUAACAUUUAUAUAUAUAAUAAAAAUGAACUCCCACAGAUAGCAAACAAAAUGCUAUUGCUCUUUGACAGAUAGUAGGAGAAAGAGGAUGGCUUUUCGAGUUACAAGAGGAAACUGUUUAACUUUUAUUUAUGAUUUAAAAGAUGAAAUUUUAGACCCCAAAACUGAUGAGAAAUUAGAUCAGGCUAUAUUUUUCAUAGUCUUCAUGGGAAAUGAAGAAGGUGCAGUUGCAAAUUCUCUGACUCCCCCCCCUCUUUAAAUUGGAACUAAAAAUAUUGUUGCAAUUUAAAGGGGGGUUAAUUUUUUUUUUUAAAAAAAUAUCAAUAUAAAAUUUUUAUAAAAAAAAAUUUAUAUAUAAAACAAUUUAUAUAUAAAAAUUUAAAAAAAAUAAAAUUUCAAAAACUUAUCGAGUUAGAUUAAUAAAUUUGUUUAAUAAAAUGCUAUUUACUCUUUAUCCUUUAAAACAAAGCAAGAUAUAACUAAAUUUUCAUUAUUAAUUAAUACGCCACUAUUAAUUGGCAUCAAAAUUAUUUGCACAAAAAUUAUUAUUUUUAUUGAAAAAAACAAAUUAAAAAACAAAAUUUUAGAAAAUUUAUCAUCAAAGUGCUAAUUUUGUUUAAAUAAGAUGUUAUUUAUACUCUAUUCUUUAAAAUAAAGCAAGAAAUAAGUAAAUUUUGAAAUUUUAUAAAGAAUUCCUAUUGAAUUUAUAUCAAACUAUCCGAAAAAAAAUAUCAUUUUUAUCAAAAAAAAUGAAAAAUUUUUAAAAAAAAAAUUAAUUUUUUUUUUAAAUUUAGCAAUUAAGGAUUAUAAGUUUAUUUAAAUAAGAUACUCUUUAUACUUUCUUCUUUAAAGAAGAGCAAGAUAUAACUAAAUUUUUAAUUUUAGUUAAGAAGAAACAUUUAACUUAUAUCAAAACUUUUAGAUAAAAAUUAUAUAUAAUUUUUUAUUAUAAAAUUAAAUUUUGUUCCAAUUUAAAGGGGGUUAAUUUACCAAAAAAGUGGAAAUUUUACCUAUAUUUUGUUCCAAUUUAAAGGGGGGGGAGUGAGGAGAAUAUGUGACGCUAUGAGCAGCCUACGCAUUGAAAUUCCUGGUAACCCUAACGAAAUGGACGAUUUGCUAAACUAUUUACACCUUGAAAUCAUCAACAACAAAUCCAUCGCAGAAAAGACAAAAGAGAAUUUGAGAGACCUUCUUCAAAGAUUUUGUAAGCCAAAACUUGACAAUGGCGCUUACUCUAUGAUAUAUGAAUACCAAUCGUUCAUUCUCAAAGAAAAAGAAAUUUUUAAAACGCUUAAUAUGUUUGAUACAAGCAAUACACUAUGGCAAGGCAACUGCUGGUGCCCUAAAAGCAAAAUAGACUAUAUAAGAGUCAUUAUCAAUGAAUACGGCGAAGGCAGGGCAGAUUUAAAAGAAGUUUUUGAAAUCCCUCGAUAUUUAACUCCUCCUUCUUUUUUCAAACUAAAUGAUUUUACAGCCCCUAUACAAGGGUUGAUUGAUACUUAUGGAAUCCCUUCAUAUAGAGAAAUAAACCCGACUCCGAUUACUUGCAUAACUUUUCCAUUUCUUUUUGGAAUCAUGCUUGGAGAUAUAGGCCAUGGACUAAUUUUAACUUUGAUAGGUGCUUAUCUAUGUUUAAAGCAUUCAAAAUUGAAAAUUUCGAAUGGUAUUUUGAGCGCGGCAGCUCCUUACCGAUAUCUUAUUUUAACUAUGGGAGUAUUUUCGAUGUACUCCGGAUUUAUAUACAAUGAAUUCUUUGGAAUUCCUUUGAAUUUAUUCGGUUCAAAGUGACAGAAAAACUCAUCAGGAGAAUAUGAGCAAGAUUCUGCUUAUCCAUUUGGAUUGGAUCCGAUAUGGUCAAAAGCUGAUAACGAAUUAUCAUUUUUGAAUUCUUUUAAAAUGAAAAUCUCAAUAAUUUUUGGUGUUCUCCAUAUGACUAUUGGAAUAAUGUAUAAAGGAUUAAAUUCUAUAGCAUUUAAGAAGAGGAUUGAUUUUUAUUAUGAGGUCAUGCCUCAAUUUAUAUUUAUGCUUAGCCUUUUUGGAUAUUUGGUCUGCAUGAUUUUUAUUAAAUGAAACCAAGAUUGAAACUAUAACUAUGAUGACAAUGCACCUAGCUUGAUAAACAUAGGGGUUUUCCCUAUAUGACCCGAUAAGGGCCGUGGGUUCUCCAUGGAAUCCCUCUGCUGGUUGAACCAACCAGUGAAUUGGUCAAACCAACGCACUGAGUUGGUUUGAGCAACAGAGGGAUUCCACGGCCCUUAUCGGGCCCAUAUAGAGAAAACCCCUAUACAUUUUUAGGGAUUUUCCUUGAUUUCGGUGGACUUCACGGACAAAAACCUCUAUGGGGCAAUAGAGAAAGCCAAGAAUCCUUGCAAGCUUGCUUAUUUUUAAUUGCCUUACUAUGUCUUCCUAUUAUGCUUUUACCUAAGCCUUUAUACCUGAGGUAUAUCCGCUCCAAAAGAAUUCACUAUGAAGAGAUCAAUCAAAUUGAAGAUUUUGAUUUUUUUGAAGAAUUCACCAAACAACUAAUUUUUACUAUAGAAACGACGGUAGGCGUAGUGAGCAAUUCAGCAUCAUAUCUAAGGCUUUGGGCAUUAUCUCUUGCUCAUUUUGAACUAUCAAAAACUUUUCUUACUAUGUGCGUAUUCGAUCCGAUUAAAGUUGGGGAUCCUUUUCUGGUUGCUAUUGGAUUUUUUGCUUUUGUCCUUGCAACUUUUAUAGUUUUGCUAAUGAUGGCUUCAAUUGAGUGCUUUUUGCACACUUUAAGACUCCAUUGGGUUGAAUUUCAAAAUAAAUUUUAUGCUGGCGAAGGAAUAAAGUUUGUCCCAUUCUCUUUUUGUAAUUUAUAACCUGAACCACUUUAUGGGUCUGGCUUUUCCGAUCUUCUGACGGGAAUGAGGGGAGUUGGUUUCGCCAACUAAUGCUGGUUUGGCCGAUUCCUCCAAUGGCAGAAACCCUAUAGCAAGUGGUUUAGUCACUUCGUAAGCUAGCCAAACCAAAUUUAUUUGGCUAAACUAGCCCCAUUCAUCCCAUGAGAAGACCAGGAAGCCCGAGCCAUAAAGGUUUUGGCUAUAUAAAUUAUUCUUCAUAAACAAACCAGAAGCAUUUUUAUAAUUAAAACUGAUCCUAUUCUUUGGACAAGACUUGGAUAUAAUAAGCAUUUUCUUUGUAAAUUUCCUUAAGAAAUUAA